AUGAUUAUAACCAAGAAAAAGAAUAAACUUGAUAAGGUUGAUUAUAGCAAUUCUUAUUGUCUUGAAGAUGGUAGUAGAAAAAUCUCAUCUGAAGUGGCAUCAAAAAGUAAUAAUCUCAAAAAACAACUUGUAGAGGGAGUAAAUUUAAAAUACGAAAUAACUUCACAACACGAGAAGAAGAAGGACACAGAAAAUAAAGGUAGAGGGGCCUGGCCCCAGUUAAACAGAAAACGAAAGCUCAAAGAACCUGUAUUCUUAGAAAACCCGCAAAAUAUGGAACACAAAAAAAACAAGAUGACGAUUCCGUCGGCCCAAGAAAACAAAGAAAACAAAGAAAAACAGACGCGUGAACAAGAAAACAAAACCGCGGAACCACCACUCAGAUGGGAUAAACAGGUCAAUAAAGAAAUCACUACACUUAGCGAUAUCACGAACACAACAAAUAUAGAACAGUCAGAACAUAUAGAGAGUAACCCCGAAGCAAAAAAUACACAAGUAAUAGAUGCAAAAUGCAGCAACUCUACAAAUGAGAUUAAAGUAGACAAUAUUCUAGAUAGCGAGGACUUUAUCGAAGACCUGGACUUUAUGGAAGGAUACGUAACUGCAGCCUCCUCUAAAUAUAAAAAUGUAGAAAAGGACACAACAAAGCGAAAACGAACAUACUCAGGCAGACUACAGGCUGGAAAACGAACAUGGUCCUCGCUAUUUCCCAAACUAACACGAGGAAAAACUACUUUCUCCUCCUUCUCCCCUAGAAAUACGCUCAAAACCAAAAAUGACAACACACUAAUCAUAGCAACUAGCAGCUUACAAUGUUCAUUUAAUGAAAUCAUGGAAGAUUUAUUCAAGACAGCAGGCUACGAUAUUAAUGCCGCCAAGCAAUAUUUUAAUAGGGGCAAAAGAUCACACAUAGAAAUUAUAUUCAAGGACAAAGCUACGCUUCAAAAAUAUGCCGCAAAAGGCUUAAUGAUCAAGGGGAGAACUUAUCUUGGUUAUAUUCCCACAGAUGCUAGAAAAUC